AGCGUGGAGAACGUCAAAGCAGACAAAGUGCGAAUAUUACUUGACGUUUUUUAUUAGUUCGUGAAAAUUCGUUUCUUUACAUCAUAUAUUACUGUGCAAAAAUGGAUUCUUCUUUGGGGAAAGUGAAAACGAGAACCGUCGACGUUCUACUGCUGCUUGUACUUUUUACUUUUAGCGUAAAUGCAUAUACUACAUACACGGUGGAGGGUACGGACUACAGUUUCCCGACUCCUCACUUGCAUAGUCUCGAUGUCCGGGUGCGCCGAGACACCGCCGCCCCCGGUGCUGCUGUUGCCGCGGCUGCCCCCGCAUCUCCCACCGGCUCAGUACCGAUUACCAUGGCGACGCCAGGCAAACCGCCCCACUCCUCCAACGAACCAAAUCGCACAGAACCAAAUCGCACAAUAAACACCAGUAAGUACAACUCCUCAAACAAUCUUGUUUGUUCAACGAUUAAGCACUAUGAAUUCUGGAUUCCUAAGAUGCCAUAA